AUGAAACAAGGGAAGUACAAACAUAUUGAGAUAAAUGAGUUCCAGGUGGAUCCUGGAAGAAUCCGACGCGAGAGAUUGCGGGAAGUCCGUGAUGAAAAAAUAGCCAACGAUGAAACCAGGUUAAAGUGUAUCGAAAAGCAACUUCCUGGCGAAGAAUCGAAGAAAACCGACAUUAAGAAGAGGCUUGACGAAGCUAAUACGCUUUCCAUUCACCUUCGAGCGCGUAAAGAUGGUCGAAAAGGGCAGCCAACCCAAAUAGACGAUGAUAUAGAACAAAACCGUAUCAAGCUAAAAGGACUUCAAGAGGAGCUAAAAAGACAGUCCGAUACGGUUACCAAGAUAUCGGAUGAAAGAAAAAGAAUAAGGAAGCGUUUGGAUGAAGAGACAAAGAAGGACGAAGCCCUUUGUACCUACCUUAGUGCUUCCAUUGAUGACGACCAAUAUCAACAGCUAGAUUUUGAUGAGGCGUUCACUAGCGUGUUUGGGCUGGAGACAAAAACUACCAGAACGAUCACUGACCUUUGGAAUAUCUUAAAGAGAAGUGGUAAAAUAGCGAUUGCCGAUUACGAACACCUAAGGGCGUGGCUGAUAUAUUUUAGUGAUAUAUUUGAUGAGAGCCACAUGAUAGAUGAAAUAAACGAAACAGCAGAUGCCAUUUUGGACGCAUACGACAAAAAGGAGAAGCGAAGCUUUUCGGAUUAUCAAAAGAGAAAUAACGUUGUCCUCGGUAGAGGUGGUUUCGGCACAGUUCACUUGUACCAACAUAACAUGGAGGAGGAACAGAUCGCGGUCAAGGAAAUAACUUUCCAACCAAAUGAAACAACCAAGGAAGAUGAAGCCUUUUUGGUUGAGGUGAAAAUAAUGCGGGAGCUCAGUCGAUUCAACCAUCCGAAUAUCAUUCGAUAUUUCUUUGAGCAUAUUGAUGUGGAUUCCGGCACGUUUUACAUUGGAAUGGAAUAUAUGACCGGGGGAUCUUUGGCGCGGAAGAUAAAAGGAAGCCCUCUUCCUAAAGAUAACCUAAGAACCUACACGCAUCAGAUACUCUGUGGCGUUAAGUUCCUCCAUGAGAAGCACAUAGCCCAUCGGGAUAUCAAACCUCACAACAUCCUUCUCGGCUCGAACGACCGUAUUAAAUUGAUGGACUUUGGAAUCGCCAAAGAGCUUAGUACCAGUCUCUUGUCCCAUGGAGCAACAACGGCUGGAGCAGGUACAAAUAACUACCUAUCACCGGAAGCAGCGACUGGUUACCGCAUCGACGAAAAAACAAAGGGAUAUGGUCUCAAGACUGAUAUAUGGAGCACUGGAUGUGUUGUGUUGGAAAUGACUACGGGAAAACGUCCAUGGAAUGGGUAUGAUCCUAAAACGGUAAUAUAUCCUAUUGGGAUGGGUAAUACCCCUCCUAUUGCUGACGAUGUUCCUAGUGAUGUGAAAGCUUUCCUCGCUCUGACCUUCAUCGUCGACCCAGCCAAACGUCCCACAGCAGAAGACCUUCUCAAAGAUAAGUUGCUCGCUGGUAUCACUUCAGACCGCAGUGGAAAAGCUGGCACCUCUUCAGCCGACCGUGGAAAUGCAGUUGUUGGCGGUGGAAGUCGUUAUUUACAUCCUGUUUCUUCUUUCGGUGGCUUGGAAACUGCAGUUGUUGGCGGUGGAAGUCGUUAUUUACAUCCUGUUUCUUCUUUCGGUGGCUUGGAAACUGCAGCUCUUAACCAUGGAAGUAAUCAUUCAAAUUAUUAUUAUUAUUAUUCAGAUGACUUGGAAACUGCAGGUACAUCUUGGGACUACAUGCAACGCCCAAAACGUCGUAGGUCAAGUAGUGAUACUUCUGAUGUUGUUACCAAGAAGAGAAAAGUCCCCGAGUCACCAUAG